AUGGCGGGCGACCCCUUAAAACGCAAUCAGAAUCUGUACUGCGCAUACCACCAGGAACCAGUUCACACCACCGACGAUUGCAGGAAUCUGAAAAACCAUUUGGAUCGGCUCGUCCGGGAAGGGAAGUUGAGGCAUCUGUUGCACCGCCCUGAAGGAUGGCGGGAACAGUCAAAUGUUGAAACCAGACAAGGCACAUUGAGGCCACCCAUUGGCACAAUAAACAUCAUUCUUGCCGCACCUGGAAGGACCGGUUCCAGCCCCUUCAGAGUAAUGUCAGUAGGCAGGUUCCCGAUUAAGCCAGGUGAAAGGGAAUCCAAGAAAGCCAGAGUGAGUGCCACGCCAUUAAUCGGGUUCAUGGAGGAAGACAAGGAAGGAACCCUUCAACCCCAUGACGAUGCCCUAGUUGUCACGCUCAGAAUAGGAGGUAGUGGAGGACCGGCCAUAGAGGUGAGCUGUGAGGAGCUGGAGAAAGUACUCAUCGGAUCAGACCCUGAGAGGUUUUUUCAGAUCGGCUCGAAAUUACCACCACAGGAGAAGUCAACGCUAAUUGAUUUUCUUCGACGGAAUAAGGACGUAUUUGCCUGGGAUCCCUAUGAGGCCCCCGGGGUUGACUCAGAUCUCAUAUGCCAUCACCUCAAUAUUAACCCGGCUAUAACCCCAAAGAAGCAACCUCCUCGGCGGCCGUCAAAAGAACAUGCAGACGCUAUAUCUCUGGCUGCCGAAGACCAAGAAAAAAUCGUUUUUGUCACCCCAGUUGGAAACUAUCAUUAUAAGGUGAUGCCCUUCGGCUUGAAGAAUGCUGGGUCGACCUAUCAGAGGAUGAUAACUAAGAUGUUCGAACAGCAGAUGGGUAAGACCGUUGAAGUAUAUAUAGAUGACAUGAUGGUAAAGAGUAAAUUGGUGGCCGACCACAUCAGAGACCUCGAGGAAGUCUUUCAAAUUCUGAGAAAGUACAAGUUACGACUGAACGCAUCCAAAUGUUCAUUUGGGGUGGGAUCAGGAAAAUUCUUGUUCUAUAUGGUGACCCACAGAGGAAUAGAAGUUAACCCUGAUCAAAUAAGAGUCAUUCAUAGCCUACAGCCUCCUCGGAAUCCCAAAGAGGUCCAGAAGCUUACCGGCAUGAUAGCUGCUUUAAACCAUUUCAUCUCCCGCUCAGCGAACAGAUGCAGGCCUUUCUUCCUCCUAUUGCACAAGUGGAAGGGUUUCGAGUGGACUGAGGAGUGUGCUUUAGCUUUCCAACAGCUCAAGGAAUACCUCGCCCGACCACUGAUCAUGUCCAGUCCCGAUGCCGACGAGGUGUUGUUCGCAUACAUCGCAGUCAUAGUUGUCAAAAUCGCGAUCUGGAUCCUUCCGCUGAAAUCCGUCCUCCGCAACGCCGACUACACAGGUAGAAUAGCUAAGUGGGGAACGAUCCUGGGCGCCUUCGACAUUAAAUACAUGCCCUGCACCGCCAUAAAAGGUCAAGUCCUCGCCGAUCUAAUAGCAGAAUUUGCGGAGCCCACCCUAGAAGGAAUGGAAAUGUUAGGGUCACUAAGUGCUGAUGGGAAACUGAUCAGCACGGUCUCUCAGCAUGAACACAAUUGGUGGAAAGCACACAUCGAUGGUGUAGCAAACCAAAGGGGCUCAGGGGUGGGGCUCGUUCUAGUCUCUCCCGAAGGGAUAACCAUAGAAAAGUCGUUGAGGCUCGGAUUCUCUGCCACGAAUAACGAAGCCGAGUAUGAGGCACUGUUGGAGGGGAUGUCGAUGAUCCGGAAAUUGGGUGGAAAAUGCGUAAGCAUAUUCUCGGAUUCGAGACUCAUCGUAGGACAAGUAAAUGGGGAAUUGGAGGCGAAGGAUGAAAGAAUGCAAGAGUACCUUGCCCGGGCUAAACACCUGCAGAACCAUUUCGAUGACUUCCGUUUAACGCAUAUACCCAGGAGUGGGAACACCCAUGCUGAUUCUCUCGCAACACUGGCCACCUCCUCGGCCCAGCCCCUUCCAUGGGUUAUUUUAGUUGAAGAUCUCUGCCACCCAACAACAGAGAAGGCCAACGGAAUUCGGGUACAUAACGUCGGGGCAGGACCUAGCUGGAUGGACCCUUUGGUGCUGUUCUUAAAACACGACACCUUGCCGGACGAUAAUGUUGAGGCUAACAAGAUCAGGAGGAAAGCUUCUCGAUUCUGGCUGUCCGAGGACUCCAAACUUUACAGACGCUCGUUCUUGGGGCCGUACCUGCUGUAUGUGCACCCAGAGGCUACAGAACUCAUCCUAGAGGAGUUACAUGAAGGGAUUUGUGGAAGCCAUACGGGGGGCAGGUCCCUUUCCCACAAGGCCAUGACGCUGGGUUACUGGUGGCCGAGCAUGCGUAAAGAGGCUCUGGGAUACGUAAAGAAGUGCGAACAAUGCCAAAGGUUCGCCCCAAACAUACAUCAGCCGGGUGGAGAACUUAACCCGCUGUCCAGCCCUUGGCCAUUCGCACAAUGGGGCCUAGACAUACUAGGACCGUUCCCCAAAGCGGUUGGGAAUAAGAAAUUUCUCCUCGUCGGCAUCGAUUACUUCACAAAGUGGGUCGAAGCUGAGGCGCUGGCAAACAUCAGGGACGUCGUUGUCAAGAAGUUUGUUUGGAAAAAUAUUAUCACUAGGUUCGGGACCCCGCACACCCUGAUCUCGGACAACGGCCUCCAGUUUGACAGCAAAGCCUUUAGAGAAUACUGUAAUAAGCUGGGAAUUGUCAAUCGAUACUCCACACCGGCCUACCCACAGGGUAAUGGACAGGCGGAAGCCAUCAACAAAACCAUAGUGAAUGGACUGAAAAAGAGGCUGGACGACGCGAAAGGGAGGUGGGUUGAAGAGUUAGCCCACGUCUUGUGGACAUACCGCACCACGCCUCGCAGGUCCACGGGAGAAACCCCCUUUUCAUUAACCUACGGAGCCGAGGCUGUCAUCCCACUGGAGAUAAACUUCCCAACCCAGAGGACUACUGCCUUCAACCCCAUUGCUAAUAACAGCCUUCUGGAAAAAAGCUUGGAUCUCCUCGAAGAAAAAAGGGAAAGUGCAAUGGUCCACCUAGCAUACUAUCAGCAAAAGCUCAAACAGGGCUACAAUGCCAAGGUGAAGUCAAGGCCAUUGGCACCCAGGUAUCUAGUGCUGAGGAAAGUCCUGGGCACCGCGAGGAACCCUGCAUGGGGAAGGCUUGGACCAAACUGGGAGGGCCUAUACCGUAUCACUUCCAUAGCUGGCAUUGGGGCCUACUUUUUGGAAGAUUUGGAUGAACAUGUAGUACCACGUCCAUGGAAUUUAAUGGCAAAAUAA